AUGGGCCCCAUGGAGCAGGGAGGUUGGUGGCUGCUGCUGCUGCUGCUGGGCUUCCACCCCGUCCGCGGGCAGUGCCCGGAGCAGUGCCAGUGCGUCCGCACUGCCCAGGUGGAGUGCUCUGGCGCCGGCAUCACCGCUGUCCCCAGCCCCAUCCCCGCCAAUGCGGUGACCCUGCAGAUCGUCAACACGCGCAUCACCGAGCUGGGCGAGGCAUCCUUCGGCAACGCCUCCCUGCUCAUCGGGCUGCGCAUCGAGAAGAACGACCUGCGGCACGUCAGCCCCGACGCCUUCCAGCACCUGCCCGACCUGCGCUACCUCAGCCUGGCCAGCAACAAGCUGCAGGAGCUCCCGGUGCAGGUCUUUCAGCCCCUGGGCAAGCUGGAGUCACUGCUCCUCUCCAGCAACCAGCUGCUCCGCGUGGAGCCCGACCACUUCGCUCACCUGAGCAACCUGAAGGAGCUGCAGCUGCACGGGAACAAUCUCCGGGAGCUGACGGAGGGGCUGUUCGACCAGCUCGCCAGCCUCACCAAGCUCAACCUGGCCCGCAACAACCUCGACCGCCUGCCGCCCCGCGCCUUUGAGCGGCUGCCCCAGCUGCAGGUGCUGCGGCUCUAUGAGAACCGGCUGCGGCACAUCCCGGUGGGCGCCUUUGAUGCGCUGCCCGAGCUGCAGGAGCUGGGCCUGCACCAGAACCAGCUGGAGACGCUGUCCCCGGAGCUCUUCGUGCACAACGGGAACCUGCAGAAGCUCUACCUCUCCAACAACCUCCUCACUGCCCUGCCCGCCGGCAUCUUCCUGCCGCUGCGUGCCCUCUCCAAGAUCACCCUGCACGUCAACCGCCUGCACGACAUCUCCCCGGCCGCCUUCGGCCCCAUGCCCAACCUGCGGGAGCUGUGGCUCUAUGAGAACGAGCUGGCCGCUCUCCCCGCCGCAGUCUUCAGCAAUCUCACCCAGCUGCAACUCCUGGUGCUCAGCAAGAACCAGCUCCGAUCGCUGGCUCCGGGGGCUUUCCGUGGGUUGGGUGAGCUGCUCGAGCUCUCGCUGCACUCCAACGCCCUGCGCCGGCUGGAUGCUGGGGUGCUGGGGGGAAUGCCCAAGCUGCAGAACAUCUCCCUGCAGAACAACCGCCUGCAGACGCUGCCCCGCGGCCUCUUCGCUGCCACUCCGAGGCUGCAGCACAUCCAGCUGCACGCCAACACUUUGGAGAGCCUGCCCGCAGGCAUCUUCUCCCCGCUGUCUGCCGUGCGGGAGGUGAAGCUGCACAACAACUCGUGGCGUUGUGAUCAGGCCAUCCUGCCCCUGCGUGCCUGGCUGGAGGCGAACCCCAGCAAGGUGGGUGAGACCCCCCCCGUGUGCGCCCAGCCGGCCCCGCUGCGGGGAACACCCAUUGCCGAGCUGCAGCAGGACCAGCUACCCACUGCCCGGCCCAGCAGCCCGCUGCCUGCCCGCCCCUCCCAGGAAGCGUUGCCGUCGGGGUCCCCCACCACGCUGCCGGCCACCCCUGUGUCUCGGGAGGAGGAAGAGGAGGUGGAAGGCAGGGGGUGGUGGGGGCUGACGCGCACGCAGAGCGCGGUGGUUGGGGCCGUCAUCGUGCUGGUGUGCGUGGCCCUGCUCUGUGCCCUCGUGGCACUGGUGGUGUACGGCUGCAGAAAGAAGAGCCAUGUGGUGCUGAUGAGGAUGAAAGCACCCAAUGAAGCCUGAUCCUCCAUGAGCCC